CCUACCACCUACUACACCACAUCUUUUACCUUACCUGCGAGAAUGGGGAGUCCUGACGAUGCACCUGUGAGGAAAUAUAUGGACGACCCAGACAUUGAGUGGAAGGUCGGAAAGCCAGAUUACACAGCUGUAAAUGCAAAGUAUAUGAAAGAGAAGCUUAAUAAGCACAAAGCAGAUUCGGUGGAAAAGUUGGUGGAAAACCUAGUGAAAACCUGGGAAAUGGAAAGUUCCCAUAAAGGCAACCCAAAGGACUGGAACACUGUGGUCAAAGAAAAGUUCACUAUCAGCGCUAAUGGCGGAUUUGUGGGCACGUUAAAGGACAAUAUAGAGAUUGGCAAUUACAACAUCUUGAUGAAGGAUUCUCCACUGUAUGACCCCAGCAUCACGUGGGAUCAGUCGCAUGAUAUGUUCCGGCAGGCUUUUCCGGCAGGGUUUCCAUGGGAACUAAUAGAGCUCCAUUCCGGCCCUCCAACCGUAUCGUUCACCUGGCGUCACUGGGCACAUUGGGAAGGCCCUUUCCUGGGCGUGGAACCCACAGGUGAGCUGAUGGAGAUGUACGGUAGCUGCAUCGCUAAGACCAGUCCCGAGGGUAAACUGGAGAAGCUGGAAAUCUACUUUGACCCCAAUCAAGUAUUAGCCAAGAUGAUGAAAUUUAACGUUCGCGACGUCCCGAAUUGCCCAUAUGCUAAGCUGAGAAAUUGUUAACAUUCAGAUACUCCGCUGUGUGCUCGGCUACGUCCAUGUUGUGACUUGUCGGUACAUACAUGCUGUGACUGUGUCGGCUACGUCCAUAUCGUGGCUGUGUCGACACCACAGUUAGCGAAACCAUAACAACAAUGAUGGCAUAGGACGCAAGAGGGCAUGCGCUAGCGGGACAUAUAUUGGAAACUUCGUCUUAACAUUGUCUAACAUCACUUUUUGUCAUCUUUUUCUUGUCGCAGCUCAGUGAUCCAUUAACGUGAAGAUAUUUAUAACACUGUAUUGAAAGUUAAACUUGUAAGCCCUGAUAAAAUUUGGAAAUGCUUUAUUCGCGACUGUCAGAGACAUGCUGAUUACCUGAAUUUUUGCGUAUCCAGAUCAAUACCUUCAUCUGUAUGCACUAGAAAUCAUAAUUCACUUCAUACAAAUAUUUUCGUCAAUCAUACUGAAGAAUUUAUGAUCGAUUCUUUGUAUAUCGGUUUAAAAAAUGUUAUCUUUUGUCGUAAAAGUUUUGUGAGUGAAACGCUAAUAUCCCAACAGAUUAUUUUCAUUAUCAUAAAGUAAAACGUACGGACAAGUUUUAAACAUUCAGUUAUUACUUGUGAUAUCCUUUUUUUUUUCUUUGUAUUAAUCUGUCAGAGCGUUAUAUACCUUGCGCACUGCCGAAGAACCCGCCCCAUGUACAGAAGAUUGUUCUCUAGACUACCGAG